AUGAAGUUGCCCGGGCUCGACUUCGAAAUCAGCCCUCUCCUUGCUCUCGGGCUGGGGCUUGGAAUUGUAAUAUACAUCACCUACAGCCUCUACCUGGCCGCUCUUCCCAAGCCCAUACCCGGAAUCCCAUACAACCAAGAGUCAGCGAAAUCGAUAUGGGGAGAUAUACCCUUGUUGGCAGAGGCGCGAUACCGUCGACGGUGGGCAUGGGCUCAGCCUCGGGAGCAUGGAGCCCCGUUAUCCCAAAUCUUCAUCUUUCCUUUCCGCACUCCAACCGUCGUCGUGUCCGAUUAUCGCGAAGUCGUCGACAUUCUCGCCCGUCGAGCCAGGGAAUUUGACAGAGGGACCAGGACCAAGGAAUGCAUCGGCUUCGUGGCCCCGGCCUUUCACUUUACGAUGGAAACUUCGGAUCCGCGGUUCAAGUCCAACAAGAAGCUGAUUCGCGACCUCAUGACACCAAAGUUUCUCAACAAUGUAUCAGCGCCUCGAAUCUACGACAAGGCUCUUGCACUAGUUACUCUAUGGAAGUUGAAGUCAUCAAAAGCCCACGGAAGGCCAUUCCUCGCUACCGAAGACCUCUACUCGGCAACUCUCGACAUGAUAUGCGUCGCCGCCUUUGGCAUGGAGAAUGCAAAGUCCGCCCUUCAGCAGGCAAUUUCUCAUGUGCAGUCCACCUAUCCGACCAUUCCUACUGAACACGAAGAAGCCCCAGCAGAUUUCCCAAUUCCCCCGACGAUCCCUGAGCUGGAUGCCCUCUUUGACGGUCCCAAAAUGGUCUCGAUAGCCCAGAGCAGCCCGUUUCCCGGCAUUUCGCAGUUCCUCGCGCUGCUCACUCCCGAACACGCACGAGCUCAUUGGAACAGGAAGACGUUGAUCAUGGGCCAGAUAGACAAGAGUCUGCAGAGACUUUUACAAUCUGGUUCCGACGGAUGCGAAAGUGCGCUUGAUCAGCUCUUGUUGCAAGAGAUGAAUGCUGCUAAGAAAGCCGACCGACUGCCGGAUUACUACUCCCCUGCCAUUCGAGAUGAGAUCCUCGGAUAUCUUGUUGCCGGCCACGAUACCUCAGCCGCCACCCUAUCAUGGUGGGUAAAGUACAUGGCAGCCCAUCAGCCCGUUCAAGCUCGACUCCGAGAUGCCCUACGACAGGCUCACUUCGAAGCUUACCGAGACUCUCGGCUCCCUACAAUGAAAGAGAUUUGCGACUCGCCGGUCCCUUACUUGGACGCCGUCAUAGAAGAAACACUUCGUUGCGCCGCCGUGGCGGCUCUCAUUGUCCGAACAAGCACAUGCGACACCCAAAUCCUGGGUUACCACAUCCCAAAAGGCACAGAUGUCCUGCUGGCGCUCGCCGGCCCGUCCGUCACCGAACCGGCCUUACAUGUCCGCGAAUCGGAUCGUUCGCCGGAGUCGCAAGAGUGCAAAGACCAGGUCCCCUAUUGGGGAGACGAUGUGUCUGAGUUCAAGCCGGAGCGAUGGCUCAAGCAGGUCAAGAAUGCAGAUGGUGGAGAUGAAGAAGUCUUUGACCCGUAUGCCGGGCCUACUCUGGCUUUCUCAGCUGGACCCAGACAAUGCUUCGGGAAGAGGCUGGCGUAUAUGAAGCUACGGACGGUAAUGACCUUGUUGAUGUGGAACUUUGAGUUCCAGCCGCUGCACGAGGAGCUGAAUACGCCGGAACUCAUUGAGAUCUUGGUAAAUCUGCCGGAAGAUUGCUAUGUUAAGCUUGCAAAGGCAUAA